GAUACGGAACUAGGGGGAUUUGCGGAUAGGCCUGGAGAUAUGGCAGACCCCUUCCACACCCUGUUUGGGCUGGCUGGAUUGCAAAUGCUAGAUGCUGCGCCGGAGUUGGGUCGAAUAGACCAUAUAUACUGUAUGCCAACAAGAGUCAUGCAGGAGAUAGCGGAUGUGGUGCCGGUGAUAGCUAGCUUUGACGAAUAA